AUGGCUCCCUCCUCCGUAUCACCGGCCUCAACAACGACGAGGCCAUCCCUGAGAUCCCCUCCGAAAGAAAGCUCCCCGGAGCCUAUCAUCAACGAUAAUCCUGCCAUCCAGAGCUACUACCAAUCCUUCGAAUCACGCAUCGGCUACCGUCUGCUCCUCGGCGGCACGCGCCACUUCGCCUACUGGGACCACGACACAUACUUCCCCUUCCCCCUCGGCCCGCCCCUCCGCCGCAUGGAGGACAAGCUGCUCGAGGCCCUCGCGCUGCCUCGCGGCGCCACCGUCCUCGACGCCGGCUGCGGCGUCGGCCACGUCGCGCUGCACAUGGCGCUGCGCGGCGGCCUGCGCGUCCAGGCCAUCGACAUAGUCGACCACCACGUCGCCAAGGCGCGGCGCAACGUGCGCGCGGCGCCCCUCGCCCCCGGCACCGUCACCGUGCGCAAGAUGGACUACCACCACCUCAAGCCCGCCAUCGCCGACGCCUCGCUCGACGGCGUCUACACCAUGGAGACGCUCGUCCACGCCACCGACCCGGCCGCCGUGCUCGCGGGCUUCCGCGCCGCGCUGCGGCCCGGCGGCCGCGUCGUCCUCUUCGAGUACGACCAUGACCUCGACGCUGCCGCUACGGCCGGCGGUUGGAUGGCCGCCGAUAUGCGCAGGGUCAACGAGCUGGCGGCCAUGCCUACGUAUCAGGCGGCGCGGCCAGGCUACUUCCGGGCGCUGCUCGAGGAGGCCGGCUUUGAGGAUAUCGUCGAGCGGGACUAUAGCGAGAACGUGCGGCCCAUGCUGCGCCUGUUUUACCUGCUGGCCAUCGUGCCGUACUUGAUCGUCAGGGUGUUGAGGCUCGAGAAGUAUUUCGCCAACACGCUGGCUGGUGUUCUGGGGUAUGCGGCGGGGGAGCACUGUCAUUAUGUGGCCAUUAGCGCGAGGAAACCGGGGGUGCUCGAGGGGUCCAAGGCCAGGUAG